GUGGUUGAUCUAUGCAGGUCGUGUUUUUUUUUUGUUUGUUAAUGUUUUUUGUUUUUUUUUGUUCGUUAUGUUUACUAUUGGUAAUGGAUUGUUAUACGUCUUAGAACAAACAUUAAAGAUAGUAAGAUACUGGUAACCAUGGAUGAUUUAAGUGUGUAUGUGACGUCAAAUUUGACAUCAUCAGAAAGAAGGAUCUCUCCACAAUGGGAUUUAGACUAUUUCAAAACCAAACUUGAAUUGAUAACUGGUAUACCACCUCAAUUUCAAACCAUUCAAUAUUUCCCUAUAUCCCAUUCCAAUGAAUAUAAAGUAAUAUCAGAUGCCAAAGCAUAUCAGCAAGAUCAAGAUAAAACUCAUAGAUUGACUGAAUUCGAUAUUGUCUCGUUUUCAAGAAUACAUGUGGUGGAUACUAAUCCUGAUUCUGAAUUGAAUGAUCUUGAUAUGAUUGAUGCUGAUGAUGAAACGAGUGAAAAUGUGGCAUUCAAAUUAAGUGAUGAAGAUUAUGCUAAAAGAUCAGAUUCAGUUUUGAAUUGGAAACAACAGAAUAAAUUAGGUAGGUUUGAUCCUGAAUUUAAUAAGAUUAAAGAACAACAAGUUCAAGAAAAUGAAGAAAUCUCUCAAACUUUAAAGGUAGGUGAUAGAUGUCGUACUAUAAAUAUUGCUGGUGAAAGAAGAGGAGUGAUAAGAUAUGUUGGAAAAAUCAAUGUUCUAGAUAAAGGUGAAAGUGUAUGGGUAGGGAUUGAGUUUGAUGAGCCUGUAGGGAAGAAUAAUGGAUCAAUAGAUGGUGUCAAAGUAUUUGAAUGUAAACAAGGCCAUGGUAGUUUUGUUAAGCCUAAACAAGUUGAAGUAGGAGAUUUCCCUGAACUUGAUCCAUUUGGUAGCGACGAUGAAGACGAUGAUGAAUUAUAAGCAUAAUCAGAAAGGCUUUCUAGUUAAAGAGACGUUUUGGGACUGUAUAUACAGCUGUAUUCUUGUCUUAUAAGGUGUACCUUAUUAUAUAUAUAUAUAUAUAUAUAU